AUGAAGCUCGUGCGCUUCCUUAUGAAGCUAGCCAAUGAGUCCGUGACCGUGGAGCUGAAGAACGGAACUGUGCUCAUGGGAACUGUAAUGGGUGUCGAUAUAUCUAUGAACACCCAUCUUAAGAAUGUAAAGAUCGUAAACAAAAACUGUGGAAGUGGAACAGAACCAAAUUUUAUACUUCUGGACCACCUGACCGUGCGAGGAAACAACAUCAGAUAUUUUAUUCUAUCCGACAGCCUGCCUCUAGACACACUGCUGAUUGAUGACACACCCAAGCAAAAACCAAGCAGGGUUCGGGCGCCAAUGGCACGAGCAAAAUCGCUUGUAAGUGGGAUGAAUAAGGUGGCCGACAUGCUACAUGAUGAACAUAAACAGUCCAAUGCUCUGAAGGCCAAGUGGAAACAACGGGUCAUUAAUCAGAGACAGCGUGACAUUGCGAAUGCCGAAAACACUGACGUGUCCACUGUUCAAGGAAAUACAACCGACGCGGAACAAUCCGGUAACAGCAAUGAGUAUGCUUUAGUCCUGGCCAAGGAAUCAGCUUGGGAACGUUUCGGCAGCACGCUACGAGACAUGCCUUUCCUCACGAACUUCUUCGGUAGGACAUCAAUUAAAAAUGAUAGCAUUAAUGCAGAAAACCCGCUAUUCGAACAAAUUUUUGGCAAAUCGACCUUAGCUACUGCCGUAAAAGAAAUGAAAAACAUAGACCCGUCGUUCGAUUUACCAGAGUUCAUUGAAUUGGUGGAACACGUUGUGGCGCCGCAUAUUGUCGAUUGCUAUCUCAAGGGAGACGCAAAGUCACUUCAGGUGGAAGGUGACCACGCACGCAAAAAGAAUAUCUCUAGACUUGUAUCUGAUGUAUUGUCACGAACAGAAAACCUAUUUUCGGAUGAAACGUUGUUGCCAUUAUUAUCAGAUUGCUUGAACGUAACAGGAUGCACGCACUUUGUAAUUCUGGCACUCAGGGCUCUCUUGCAGCGCCAUGUGAACUUAGAAAGUGCCAGCGGGCGUUUUAUGGAUGCUGUGCAGCAAACAUAUGACUUGAUGCUUUCCCAAAACAUAGGAUCGUUGGCGCAGCAACCACGCAUCAGCUUUUUGUGGGUCACGCAUUUUAUGUUGGACGCCUACAAACAGAACAAGCUCGAGCCUCUAAAACAAUUCAUCACACGCUUCUGUAAUGCUGUAUCCGGUGAAAAGGACCCACGAAACUUGUUAAUGCUCUUCGACAUCAUUGUGAAAUUCUGCGAAAACCAACUGAGUGAUGACGAAGUGGCUGCGCUGGCGCAGCUCUACACGACGUAUUACCCUAUACAGUUCACACCGCCUAAAAAUGAUGUUAUAGGCAUCACACCAACGGAAUUGAAGGAUCGAUUGUUACGCGUAUUCAAGGCUUGCAGCGAAUUCGGGCCUUACUCCAUGGAACUCUUGAUCGAUUGUCUCUACUCCGGAUAUGGUACAAAGCAAGAACAUACCGUUGUGUUGGCGGAUACAUUACGCUUCUUGGAGGAGUGUGCAGAGGUUUACGGACUGGAAUGUUACUCCUCUCACUUGGAUUCGUUGCUUAGCGUUAUUAGUUCGGAGUUCUUUGCUGCUCCCUGUUCCACAGCAGUGGAAUAUGAUCUACCUGCUGAAUUGGACUCUUUGCAUAUAGAUACUGAUGCAUCUGAACUACUCCAUGGAUCUACUAACCUUUUACAUGCUAAAAUUAUAGGUGAAGCCUAUUAUGAGAAGUGGAUAUCGGUGUCAAAGCAAGUGCAACUCUUUGGAGGUAUUUUGAAGGUUUAUAUGGAGUCUAUAGAUAUUAAUCAAGAUGUAAAACGGAUUUGUAGCUUUUUGGAACUGCUUAGAGAGCAGUUGACUGCCGAUAAUGCCAAAAAUACAGAGGCAAAUGGGCACGCAGGAUAUUUUCUGGAUGUGUUAUGUUCUAUUCAACGCUACCGUGAAUUAUUACUCGAGUACGUUAUAGUACCUCUGUGUAAUGAUAUAGUCGUAAAGUUUACGGAAUUUAAAAGGGGUUCGAAAUCUGAAUCAGCGUUGUAUAGCCAACUUGCGCUGGUAGUCCCCGUCCUCACAAAUACACUCCUCGCUAAAUUGGUAUGGCUCUCUGAAAAGCCCAUACCUCCAAGAUUUGCCGCGCCUAUCAUACUGGCUGGGUUGUGCUGCGCACAGUUAAGUGACAAUAAGAUGUUCACCAGAGGAUUGAAAUUAUCGACGUUGGCAAUUACGGUAUCUAAUUGCUCAAUGCUGGAACACGUUCUGGCACACCUGCUUAAGGAGUCUCAGCUUCUUACGAAGAAUCAUACAGCGUGCGUUGGAGAUCAUGUAAGGCUUUAUGCGGAGUCCAUCUUGGCAAUCUACACAUGCCAUUACGCCAAUUGCGCACCCGUAUUAGAACGCAUCAUACAAAUGAUGGAUGACAUAGUGAACGCUUACAACAUUGAAGAAGUCGUUUUGGAUUAUUUUAUCAGUGAUGUGGACCUAACAAAUGAGAUUGCCGAGAUAAUAGCAAUAACACUAGACAACUGUGACAAUUAUGCAGUGGUAAACAAAACUGUUGAUGCUUGCUGCAAAUGCCUUUUAUACGUUUGUUGUAAUCCAAAUUCUAGGAUUGUUUCCACGACUUUAUUGUUUUCCCUUGCUAUUGCAGGGAAUCGAAACAAAGUCGGUUCGCAAAUAAGGAAAGUACUGUCUUUCGGUCAACUGUUGAAAUUUUACAGGGCUUUUUUUGAAAUGGGAAAACGUGGUGAACUAUCGGAUGAACUUUUGAAACUGACGACAAAUGUAAUACCGCAAUUCCUGUCACUGUCCCUGGACGAGCCAUGCCAAGAUAUGGUCAAGCAACUUUUUGAAGAUGAAUCAGCAUUAUUGCUACCCGUAUUGAUCGUCGAUAUUAGGGAAGAUCUGAAGGAUAUAAUAGUCGAAUACGCGAAACGUGAUAACCUCUCUGUAAUGGACUUAGAAAUAAUCGGUUGGUUAUUGAGACGUUGGGUAGCAGAUAUUCCCGGCACUAAAAAUUCGUACGAUUCUGAACAUUGGAAAUUGGGUGAUUUUCAAGCGUCUGACGCAAACAAAGGUGCGACGAUAAAUCUGAAUUCGUCCACACGGUUCAACCAGCUAGUAUCAUCUGGAUUGCAUCCAUUCAUUAUUUCGUAUCUUUUGGGUGCUGUCGACUACGAUACUGUGAUUUCAUUUGACCUUAAAACACAUUUUCUUUCCAUCCCAUCUAGUUUUACCGUGAGUUGUAUUUCACGUAUGUUUCCUUUCCUACCUGAAAAACUGGCGGCUACACUGGAGUCCCUAGGCUUCAACCUUACAACGUUGAAGAAGCCCACCAGGUCAUUGGCCGACACAUUCUUAACUGAUGGAACAGAGAUAGAUGGUAUGUCUGUAGUCACAAGGAUGCAAUACAGAUUUGUUGAGCGGUACUGCCGCACCUUACCAACUCAAGAUGCACGGUUAGGCAAAUAUCUCAUACAGGUACUAAGUGAAAUCGACGACAGCCUUUCCACAUUUGUCGCCAUGGCGAUUAUCGCCGUUCAUUUAGAUGAUGGUGAUUUGGUUCGAGAUCAUGCGACCCUUAUCAAUGUGAUUUUGUGCCAAUACAUUCAGAGGUGGAAGCAUCUGGAUGGUGUAAAAAUUAAGGGCGAUGCGUCAAGCAAAAAAACAGGAGCUGAUGCCGCUGCCGUAGAUAAAACCGUUACGCCAUAUGAAAAAUGUUUGCAAGAGGAAUUCUUAUUCCUUUCACAGUUUUUAUUGCUCAGGAUUCUAUGUCAUCAGGAACAAGCCGUAGUCAGCAAAGAAAGAAGGGAUGAUUCCGAUUUCCAUAGUGCAGUAAAAGUAACAUCGCAAGUAAGAAAUAGUAACACCGUUGGAUUCCAGUUAGAAGGUUGGCAAUGGGAGGAAUUGGCAGAGGUGGCUAUUUCUGUGGCCUUGGAGGCGACACUCCCUAUCUGCCGCAUACUUGCUGUGUUGAUCGUACAUUUUAUCGUUAAAGCGGUGCCACAUACUAUAUCUGCCGUAGGUUGUAGAUCGGUAGGUUACUACAAACGUUGA